ACACCGUCACACCGGAUCCCAUCUCUCCGUUUUCCACGCGCAGCCUUCUUCGUCGGCAGAGGCGGUUCCAGUGGUGGCGCCAUUCUCUUCCUCCGCCGUGACUUCAUCUUCAUUCCGCACGUCUCCGCCGCCGGGCGGGUUCCGACAUACUCGCCCUCAUCCACGCGGUAACUAGGUUUUCGCGCUGUGGGAGUUUACACAGUCUCUUUUCUGAGCCGCAGAGAUUGGAUUUGGAUUUCGAGAGGUCCAGAAUCCACAAUUCUCAGCCGUUGAUCUCUCAGUCAACAACCUACAUACAGACACGCCUUCCACCUGGACUUCCACAUCAGUUCUCUCAAAGUUUCAUCGCGCCAUGAAAUCAGGUUGGUCGUAGAAACCAUCAAGGACUUAGGAUUAUCACUCGGAAGUUGCUGAAUUGUAGUGGUUUUAGCUUUGGUUGAUGGGGACAGGAGAAGAGGGCACGCCUUCUAAAACUUCCAAACCUCCCUCUUCAUCUCAGGAAAUACCCCCGACGCCUUCAUAUCCUGAUUGGUCAAGCUCAAUGCAGGCUUACUAUGGCGCUGGUGCUACUCCUCCUCCUUUCUUUGCAUCUACUGUUGCUUCUCCAACUCCCCACCCUUACCUUUGGGGAAGUCAGCAUCCUUUGAUGCCACCUUAUGGAACUCCAGUACCUUAUCCAGCUAUGUAUCCUCCUGGGGGAGUUUAUGCACAUCCCAAUAUCACUGUGCCUCCCGGCUCUGCCCCAAUUAAUGCGGAAUAUGAAGGAAAAUCUCCUGAUGGAAAAGAAAGGGCGUCCAAGAAAUCCAAGGGUACAUCGGGAAAUACUGGUUCAGGUGGCGGUAGGACCGGGGAGAGAGGAAAGGUGGCUUCAAGUUCUGGAAAUGAUGGUGCAUCUCAAAGUGAAAGUGGUACUGAGGGCUCAUCAGAAGGCAGUGAUGAGAAUGCUAACCAACAGGAAUUUGCUGCGAAUAAGAAGGGCAGCUUCAACCAGAUGCUGGCUGAUGGAGCCAAUGCACAAAGUAACACGGGUGGACCAAAUUCCAAAUCUUCAGUGACUGGGAAACCCAUCACUUCCAUUCCUGCAACUAAUCUGAACAUGGGAAUGGAUUUGUGGAAUACCACCACUGCUGCCUCAGGGGCUGCAAAAGCAAGAGCAAACGCGGUCUCCUCAGCUAUUGUUCCAGCAACGAUGAUUGGUCGUGACGGUGUGAUGCCAGAACAAUGGGCUCAAGAUGAACGAGAGCUAAAACGACAGAAAAGGAAGCAAUCUAACCGAGAGUCUGCUAGGAGGUCAAGAUUACGUAAGCAGGCGGAGUGUGAAGAAUUACAGGCCAGAGUGCAGACUCUGAACAACGAGAACCGUACUCUCAGGGAUGAGCUGCAGAGACUCUCCGAGGAAUGUGAAAAGCUAACAUCAGAAAAUAGUUCCAUCAAGGAAGAAUUGACACGAUUUUGUGGACCGGAGGCAUUAGCUAAAUUCGAGAAAGGAACUGCUGCUACUCCGGCUGCCCAGUCGUGCGGUGGUGACGAGGGUAACAACUAAGAGUAACAAUUCGACACCAUUUAGAAGCUGCGAUUCCGGUGUGGGAAGAGGAAACCAUAUUAAUUAACUCGGAUUUAUGAUCUUGUCUUAGGAAUAUAGAAAUUUAUUUUUCUGACUAAUCCAUACGCUUGACCUCUUUCAACUGUAACAUUAUAAAAGAAACUGUUACUCGCUUGGUGGUUCACUGCACCUUGAAAGCAUGAUGGUGCAUAAGAUUACAAAUACUUCUAAGCUUUCUA